UCUGGUGUGGGGGACGUGGACAAACCUUCUGAGGAGAAAGGGUUGUGGGUUGAGUUGUGUCCCCCAGAAAGGUAUGUUGAAGCCCUAACCUGGUGCCUGUGAACGAGCCCUCGCUUGCAGAACUGAUCGAGUUGAUCUGGGGUCAUUCUGGAGCAGGGUGAGCCUCGAGUUCCAUGUGACCAAUGUUCUCAUAGGAAGAGAGGGGAGCACGGGGAGAAGGUGGCCAUGUGAGGAUGAAGGCAGAGGUUGGGGUGACGCAUCUACAAACAAGGGUUUCCCCGAACACCAGGGCUAAGAGCAAGGCAUGGGCACCUCCCUGCUGUGGAGCCUGUGGAGGGAGCGUGGCCCUGCUGACACCAUGAGUGCAGACUCCUGGCCUCCAGGACUGGGAGACAAGAAGUUCCUGUUGUGGUGACCUCAGGAAAUGAACACAAAGGGUUAUUUGAGCUCAGUGGUCGAGCAAGAUACAGGUGUUGCAGGGAUGGGCUGCCACGUGGGUGGCAGCCUGGAUGGGAAGGAUUGUGCCAGGCGUGGGUUCCCACAAUGUGUUCCGCCGGCCGGCAGCGUCGCCACACCUGGAAAUCAUUAGGUGGCAAAUGAGGGAAUUGCAAUUCUGGGCAGGGCUCAGCUGUGCAGGUUUUCGGAUGUUCUUCAGGUGCUUCUGCUGAGGGCCUGAGUUAAGACAGAGCUUAAGACAGAGAACUUCGUCAGGAGGACUGAAGGAAAGGAGCCAGGCUGCAGUCCUCUGCCUGCCCUUCCGUGCCAUCAUCGCCAGGAUAAAGGAAAGGACCAUUCAGGAAGCAGCACAGGGAGCUACACAUUUACUUGCCCACUGAUGAUUGAUGUUUUCAGCCAGCACGAUGGACAGAAGUCUAAGGAACGUCCUUGUUGUUUCCUUUGGGUUCCUGCUUCUCUUUACAGCCUAUGGAGGUCUGCAGAGCCUGCAGAGCAGCCUGUACAGCGAGGAGGGCCUGGGUGUGACAGCCCUCAGCACCCUCUACGGAGGCAUGCUCCUGUCCUCCAUGUUCCUCCCACCGCUCCUCAUUGAGAGGCUGGGCUGCAAGGGGACCAUCAUCCUCUCCAUGUGUGGCUACGUGGCCUUCUCCGUGGGCAACUUCUUCGCCAGCUGGUACACUUUGAUCCCCACCUCCAUACUGCUAGGGCUCGGGGCCGCCCCGCUGUGGUCUGCGCAGAGCACAUACCUCACGAUCAUGGGAAACACACAUGCAAAGAAGGCGGGAAAGCACGGCAAAGACGUAGUGAACCAGUAUUUCGGAAUCUUCUUCCUCAUAUUCCAGUCAUCCGGUGUGUGGGGCAACUUGAUCUCAUCGCUGGUAUUUGGCCAGACUCCCAGCCAAGAGGCCCUCCCAGAAGAGCAGCUCAUGUCCUGUGGGGCCAGUGACUGCCUGAUGGCCACCGCAACCACCAACAGCACCCAGAGGCCCUCCCAGCAGCUGGUCUACACCCUGCUGGGCAUCUACACCGGGAGUGGUGUCCUGGCUGUCCUGAUGAUAGCUGCAUUCCUCAAACCCAUACGAGAUGUUCAACGGGAAAGUGAAGGAGAGAAGAAAUCACCACCUUUCUGGUCCACUUUACUGUCGACUUUCAAGCUAUAUAGGGAUAAACGUCUGUGCCUCUUAAUUCUACUGCCUCUGUAUAGCGGAUUGCAGCAAGGAUUCCUCUCCAGCGAGUACACAAGGUCCUACGUCACCUGCGCCCUGGGCAUCCAGUUCGUUGGCUACGUGAUGAUCUGCUUCUCGGCCACCAACGCGCUGUGCUCCGUGUUGUAUGGAAAGGUCUCGCAGUACACGGGCAGGGUUGUGCUCUACGUGCUGGGCGCGGUGACCCAUCUGUCCUGUAUGAUCGCCCUCCUGCUGUGGAGACCUGGUGCUGACCAGCUGGCGGUGUUCUUCGUAUUCUCAGGCCUGUGGGGCAUGGCAGAUGCUGUCUGGCAGACACAGAACAACGGCUGGAGCUGAGGGUUUCGGGAGGACAAUCCCCUGGAGCGAGUGCCCAGGGAGCCAGCAGUCAAGGAGAGAGCAGCUAAUCUCCACCCUGAGGAACGUCUAUGUGUACACUGUAAUUCUUCCACAAAAAAUACCUGUCCCUUCUCCCCGAUGUAUUUGCUUACUCAAUCAUUGAACUGCAUCAGCAUGGGCUCGUAUAUUUACUUUGCACUUUGGGUCACCAUCCAACGCCACAUUAUUUCUUUAUUAAGGUGGACAGUAGGCCGCGGGGCUUAUUCUGGCCCCCACUGCGUAGCUGUCACUCCUUUCUCUGGCAGCCAGAAGGCUGGUUCCCACCAGGUAUGACCCUUCCUUAUGUGUUCAAUCUUGUACACGCGUACAGUUAUUUCAGGAUUGUUGAAAUACCGUUUUCAGUCUACUUUCCUUUCUAAAAAGUGUCUUUCCCCACUAUGUCCUUAGCUGUGGGUAGUUCCAUGCAAUUCGAAACAAUAAAUGCAUUGCUUUCUUUAUGUUUAGAUUAAAAUAGGAACCACAUCUUGAGUAAUUCCCUGAAAAGCCUGACUUUAAUUAUCUCUGGUGUUGGCCUCUCCUCUCCUAGACUGGUCUAAUGUCAUUCACACAUGUGGCUUCCCCUUCCCCGAGUGGGGCAGACGGUUUCCCCUGAUUCUUCCUCUGUGUUUCUUAAAGGCAGUUCCGGCGGCAUCAUCUGGGUCCUUGGCAUCUCCCUCUGUAGGCGUGGACCCUGCUUCUGUGGGUAGAGCUGUGUUAGGAGACAGGUGGGAGUGAUGGUGUCACCUCUGUCUGGGGCCACUCCCGUCUUAUUCGGCCUCCUCAGUUCUGUUUUGUGGCCAGGGGACAACCCACUUUCCAGCCACCUUCUGGGUCCCAGAUCCUCCAUGCUGGGGGCUCCUCCUGUCUCCCAAACACAUCUAGGCGAUUUUGAACACAAGUAUGUGAGCCAGCAGACGUCUAGCUCUUUCUCUCUUUGUUGUGGAUCUCCUCUCUACAUUCAUAUUUUGGAACCAGAGUCAGCGAAUGUCAAGUUCUUCAUGUGACAUGUGAGGCAUUGAGGGCCCGGAAAGUUUAUGUUUAUGGAAAACUCAGAGGGCUGAGGAGACCACGGCUGCUUAUGAAGAAGCUGAAUUGGCCUUGAACCAACCAGAACUU